AGUGGGCCAUUCCACUGAGAGGGGAUAGAGGUUCCUGUAUCUGCUGUGGAUUUGCCGUGACGCGCAGAUGUUUGUGUGCUCGCUGGGAGAAGGAGAACCGAGGUGUCCACAUACAAGGAACAGCUGUCCGAAGACACUCUUUAAGAUAAAGAAGCACCAUGGAUGAAGAGGAGCAGUUUGUGAACAUUGAUCUGAAUGACGACAAUAUUUGCAGUGUCUGCAAGCUGGAGACUGAAACAGGGACUUUAUCUUUCUGCCAUGUCUGCUUCGAACUGAGCAUUGAAGGUGUCUCCUCUGCUACCUUGUUGCACUCAAAGUCCCUGCGUGGCCACAGAGACUGCUUUGAGAAAUGCCACCUAAUUGCCAACCAGAAGCUGUCACGUUCCAAGGUCUCCCGAAGUGCCUAUGAGGGCAUGAAGCUGGCCCUCAGCCAGAAACUGAACCGCAUCAUCCAGUAUGCCCAGAACAAAGACUCUGUCUCCUCCAACGGCCCCAGCAGGCGGGGGGCCAAGCUCCUUUGUUACAGCCAGCAGAAUGACUGCAAGCUGCUUCCCCAGAUGGAUGCCCAGGUGCCCCGGUACACGCCCUGCUGGGACAAAGCAACGGGCCGCGCCGUAAUGCCUGAUUACGCCAUGGGUAUGUUGGAGUGCCACACAGCGGAGGAGCUGGGGCUGCUGCAGGAGUCCCAAUCUGACGUUUGGUCCAGUGAUGGCAGGAAAGGCCUACACAGCCGGAAGCAGUCAUCAGGAGGAGGACAGACGCAGCACAGAAACCAGGGCCACAGCAGAGAUGAAUUGUCUAAAAUGAGUGUGGACGAGCUCCAUCAGAUAAACACCCAACUACUGAUGCAGAUUCAAAAGGUCUUCGAGGAGCUGACUGUGGCCGUGCAGGAAAAAGACUCGUUGGCGUCUGAGCUGCACGUGCGUCACAUUGCCAUCGAGCAGCUCUUUAAGAACUGUGCCAAGCUGCCCUGGCUGCACAUUAGCAGGGCCGGGGUCAAAGCCAGCAGCAGCAGCAGCAGCCCU